AUCCAAAACACAAAAUAGGCAAAACACCCGCUUCACUUUUUUUCAGGAUCUUGCCGGCAGCCGGUAAAAGGGCUAUAGGCAGAAAGAUAUUUUGAUAGUGCUGAUGAUUUCUCGUUCUCCUCCUCCUCCUCCUCCUCCUCCUACUUAAAUACUUAAUUAAAUAAUUACCAACACCCAUCUGCAUCAAUCAACAGCGACAAUGGCUGCCUAAUUCCCACUCUGUUUCGAUCUGCAUCAUCAUACACAAAUUAAACCUCACACUCAACGGCAUCCAUGGCAGUAACUCCGCGGAAGCUCCAAGAAUUUCUCUAUUUCUUCAAUGGAUCUAUUGGGUUGGAUUAGGAAUUAGGAUUAAAGUACCAAACGAACAUGAUUUGAGUACACAGCAUAAUGAGCCUUUCCCACUACUGUCUUUUCAUCGCAGAGGCUGGUCAUCUUCAAGUCAUGUGGGGAUGGUGGGAAGAAGAGGAAAAGUGAGCUGUGAUCUACCUGAGAGAGUUUGGGUGGAGGGAGGUAAGCGUGGCUGUUGGAUUUCUUGUUUUUAAAACUUAAUCUUCGUUUUUGUUUUUGGGAAUUGGUUUUGGUUGAAAAGGAGAUGGAAAUUAAUCUGGUUGGAGAGGACCAGAGGACCAUGUCUGAUUGUGAAGAUGGAAUCGUGCAGAUAGCAAGCAAGCCAAACGGUCCCUGAUUCGGAUAGCAGCCGAACGCCAAACCGAUUUACCAUUUUUGAUUUUUGGGUUCCUUAUCCGUGAGGCAGAGAAGAUGCUUUUAAGCUUUUUUCAUGUCGUUUUCUAGUUGGAAUCUCCACAACAUUACUCUAAAACUCAAAAGAGGCUUUGGAUUUUCUCUGUUGCCGGGGAAAAAAAAUAUCAACCACAAUCCAAGGCAAGAAAACACAGACCCUGCACUUUUCUCCUUGCUUUUAAUUCCUCGCUUCAAACAUCAAAUCCCACUUUGAUUUCCACUUCUUCAAGAAAAUUUCUAUCUAAAUCUCCCGUUCUUCAAACAUCAAAAUCCCAUCUAAAUUCAACACACCCCCUCUCUCUGUUGCUAGCAGAAAAUCAAGCAGAACCUCAGCGGAGUGCUCUAUUCUGUUUGUCUCUUUUUUUGGGUGAAAAACUCACUAGGCUGUUUGAACAAAACAAGCCAGCAAUGGUGAAUUUUCCACGGAGCCUUCUCGGCGAGCAUCUCGCUUCGGCGCCGGCAAAUGGGAACAAGAUGCACGAUUCCGACGUUAGCGAGACGAACUUCGACACGAACAUGGUCAUCAUCCUCGCCGCCUUGCUCUGUGCGCUGAUAGGCGCUCUGGGUCUGAACUCAAUCGUGCGUUGCGCGCUGCGAUGCGGUCGGCGGUUCACCUCUCAGACGCCGGACCAAGCGGCGGCUCGCGCGGCGGCCACGGGCCUAAAGAAGCGCGCUCUGCGGCGGAUUCCGGUCGCCGUGUAUGGAUCCACCGGCGCGAAUUUCCCGGCGACCGAGUGCCCGAUUUGCCUGGGAGAGUUCGAGGACGGAGACAAAGUGAGGGUGCUGCCAAAAUGCAACCACGGGUUCCAUGUGAGGUGCAUCGACACAUGGCUCGUGUCCCACUCAUCCUGCCCGAAUUGCCGGCAUUCAUUGCUUGAGCGGCCGGCCACCGCAGAUGGUGCCAACGCCGCAGCCGGAACUCCUCCUCCGCCACCGCCGCCAGCGUCGGGAAAUGGGUCCGGGCGGCGAGACAGUGUGGCCGUAGUAGUUGUGGAGGCGGCAAGUUGAUUCAUGGAAAUGGUCGCCAGAGAACAGGCUAAUCUUUCCCGUAUCCAUAAUUUCCGGUAGUUGGAUAGUAGAUGUCAAAUCGGAAAGCUGCUGAAUUUUCUUUUCUUUAAAAAAAAAAUUGAAUUAAUCUCAUAGUGUAAAGGAUGAUGAUGAUGAUGUUUGAUAGAGAGUAAGAUGAGAUCAGUUUCACUUUC